AUGGAAUAUCGUCCUCUGCCGAGUACUCAAGCCAAAGAUCCUCUCGUGUGCGACGUAUUAUAUGUUUCGCUAUCGGACUCGUCUCUGUAUACUGCAUUAUCGUAUUGUUGGGGGCAUGGUGACCUGUCCGGACGCAUUUUUGUGGCCGGCACGCAAGUCAGAAUUGACAAGAAUCUGAGCGAUGCGCUUGUCGAAUUUCGUCGCCGCGGGCAUUUGGCCGUUUGGGCUGAUGCCUUGUGUAUCGACCAAUCGGGUUUUGACGAACGAGAUCUUCAGGUGCUUCUCAUGUCCAAUAUAUAUCGAGGUGCGCAUACUGUGAUUGCGUGGCUAGGAUCCGGAGGAUCAAGUGCAGCCGAUGACCGUCAACAGAUAGAAUCGUCCUUGUUGAGGAUAGAAGCCGUCUCCAAGGCUGCCAGGGAUGUCUUAUGUAGUAGAGAGCCUCUAUCGUCCAUGCUAGAGGCUGAAAUUCUCCAGGCCUGGCCCAUCCUCUCAGACAUACUGAGGGCAGAGUAUUGGAGUAGAGUGUGGAUCAUCCAAGAACUCUGUGUAGGAAUGAGCUUGCAGCUGCUAUGGAACAGAUAUUUGAUCGAUUUAAACGACAUAAAUGAUAUGUACAGCAUUAUGCUGGCCUAUCGUAAAAUCAAGGGCAUAGUUAAUGGCGCCCCAGAUGUUCCAGGACAUCAUGUUCAACAGCUUGUGAUUAUGCGACAGAAAGUGGCCAACCUGACAAGAGAUCGCCCGUCUUUGAUCGAAUAUCUGUCUAGAUCACAUCUAGCGAAAGCUACAGAUCAACGCGACAAGGUAUUUGCACUCCUGGGCGUGUCAAGAGACGGCAUGGACAUAUUCCCUGCACCCAGCUACACAAUGCCGCUCGAUAAGCUCAACUUUAACGCGGCGCAACGGUUAUUAAGAUCAACCGGUUCACUGGACCCCUUUGUGUUCAAAAGUAUACCUCCAGGAACGUGGAUUCCAGAUUGGUUCGAACGCAGACUUGGUCGGAGGAACGUAUUCAGAAUUGACUGUUCAGCGACACUCCAAGAAGCUGCCUCCACCCCCUUGCAAUGGCCGGCUGGGAUAAUUCCAGGCCCGCCGACUGGUGAACCACCAAACACGCACAACCCGUUAGAUUCUUUGUUCAAACUCAUGGUUGUUCUUCGCCCUGUUAAAGAUGACAGGCCCAGGCAGAUAUAUGAAAACGAAUUUUUAUUCUUCAGCAAAGCCUUACGCACCGAGGACGACCCCGAAUGGCUUCAACUUCAUUUUCCCGAGCUGCACGCUUGGCUUCGUGGUGAGCUAAACACUCAAUUUAAAAUCAAUGGCCAUACCAUUGGCGAUCGGUUCACACAACCAGAUGCUGCGAGCCUCUGGCGCCUCGUGUCACAUACUUGGCAAGAUUACCGCGCAAAAGGUUACUUAGGAUCUCUGGUUCCGAUCAAAAACUACCACCGAAGGCUUCGUGAGGCCGAUCGAUACCCGUUGUGCUUCAUAAACUACCAUCCGGUGGGUGGCUCAUCGUAG